UUCGUUCUAACGUAAACUGUGUCCAGAGUGUCGAGACCACAAUGUGGAACAGCUCUAUGCGUAGAGAAGAAAAAAUUGUUAGCCCCAUACGUAAGGUGACAACUGAAGUAGUGAAGGUUGAUGACAAUUCCCUGGAAGUACUCUCCGGAUAA